CUUUCGAAGUUUUGAAUGAAAAAACUCAUUUUCAACACAGCAAAUUAAAAUAUUACCGACAAAAAAUACUUUUAUUAUACCAGAAAUGUCGCAUUUUAACUUCGAAACGGAGCUGAAUGAUCUUCUAAAGCUCGAUGCACCGCUAGCGAAAGGUCCUGCACCGAGAUGGCAGCGAAAAGCGAGCUCUGGUCGAUCACAAACAUCGCCACUCCGAAACUCUUCACGACUGAACACAAGCACAAAGACGCCUACAAAGACGCCGAAAUCUUCGAAUAAAACACCGCUCACGGCAAAAACUCCAAAGACGCCAUCAGAAGACAGAUUUAUUGCUAACAGAAGCAGUAUGAACUUCGAGGCAAAUUACUUUAAAUUGGUUGCAAAGGGACCACAAGACGAAGAGAACGAAGCUGUUAGCCCGACCAAGCAAGACUUCCAAAAGAGCAUGGCGGACAAUUUGAACGGCAGCGAAAUCAACGCAAGAAUUCUUGCAUAUAAAAAUAAAGCACCGACACCAAGAGAAGGUUAUAUGAACGAUCUCCGAGUUCUGUACAGUCAGAGCAAAACGACCUCUGUGUCGAAGAAGAAGAACUGGCGACAUGUUCCACAAGUCCCCGAGAGAAUACUCGAUGCUCCUGAUCUCAUCGAUGACUAUUAUCUCAACUUACUGGACUGGAGUUGCAAUAACCAUCUUGCAGUUGCCCUUAGUGGGUUUGUGUACCUAUGGAAUGCCAGCUCUGGGGAUAUUGUCCAGCUUUGUAAGAUGGACUCGCCUGACUCAUAUGUUGGUUCCGUCUCAUGGAUUGCUGAAGGAAACUACCUAGCCCUUGGUACUAGCGAUGGUGCAGUCGAGCUUUGGGAUGUUGAAAGCCAAAAGAGGAUCCGUAAUAUGACUGGUCACCCAUCAAGAAUAGGGGCCCUUUCAUGGAACUCCUUUAUUGUGUCCAGUGGUUGUCGGAGUGGUAAGAUUCACCACCAUGAUGUGCGAGCUGCAGAGCACCACGUCGCAACUCUGGACAAGCACACCCAGGAAGUUUGUGGCCUCAAGUGGUCACCCGACGGCAAAUACCUGGCAAGUGGUGGCAACGAUAAUCUCCUGAACAUCUGGGAUGCAAACAUCAGCGCUUCUGGCAUCUCUACCAACUCACUCUUCUGCUUGUCCCAGCAUCAGGCAGCGGUUAAGGCAUUGGACUGGUGUCCAUUCCAGCGUAACGUCCUGGCAAGUGGUGGUGGCACAGCAGACAGACAGAUCAAGUUCUGGAAUGCUUCUACUGGUAGCUGCCUCAAUAGCAUUGACACAAAGUCUCAGGUGUGUUCAAUCCUGUGGUCCAAGGAAUACAAGGAACUUAUUUCUAGUCAUGGGUAUGCCCAAAACCAAUUGAUUGUCUGGAAAUACCCAAGCAUGACCAAGAUGACUGAGCUGACUGGCCAUUCUUGCCGUGUCCUGCAUAUGGCGAUGAGUCCAGAUGGCCAGACAGUGGUGUCCGCGGCAGCUGAUGAGACACUAAGACUCUGGAAGUGCUUUACCACUGAUCCCACCAAGAAAAAGGCAAAGACUGCAAGCUUUAGUAGUAGUUCGAUCAUAAGACAGGGCAUUCGCUAGAUAAAAAGACUUAAGUGGAUGAUUAUUGAAUGUAUUAGUUUGUUUUAUAGUCAGGAUUAUAAAAAAUGUAUAAUUUUGACACCAUAUACAGUACAUUUCAUGUGUCAUUUCAAAUACAAAUGAAGAUAAAAUAUUACAUUUCAAGAUUACUUGCACACGAUUAGGAGAUGGUGUCCAAAUUUGACCUAUGAUAAUCAAAUUGUACAUAAUAUAUUCUUCCCUGGGUAAUAGUGGUUAUUUAGGAUAUUGAGGGAAGAAAAAUUAGGCAAUUAUUAUUUCUAUGUUUACAUCAACAAUAUUAAGGGACUUCACCCUUGGGCUUACUUAAGAUAGCAUCAUUUAAGAUGCAUAAAGUACUUUUAAAAUGUUGAAGGUUAGAAAGCAUUUAAAAUUCUAGGAAAAAAAAUUCAAAUAAGUUUAUUGUAAAUAAAAAGGGAAUUUACAUGGU